AUGCCAGCAUUAGCGAAAUCGGCCAAGCUCAUUGCAGCUGAAAAGAAAUUAGAAGAAUUAGAAGCACAAAUCUCAGCUGAUCGCAAACGACGUGAAGCUGAAUUAGUAGCAGCUUUAGAUCAAGCAAGACGUGAUGCCGAAGCGAUCCGACAAGCUAAACUAGCCAGUAUCAGACCUUUACCUCAUACCACUCCUUCAACUCCAAUCAUCAAUCCCAAACCUUCACCAAUCCAAAACCUACCCAAUCCUACUGUACCUGUUCCUGUAGCACUUGGUCCAGGUUCGGCUCGUGCUGCUAAAGAUUUACCUGAAUCGGCUUUAUUAUUACUUCGAGAAUUAUGGGCUAAUUUAGGGUAUGAAGGUCAUGGUUUUGUUGAGAUGCAAAUGGAGAUUGCAAGAGAGUUGGAACGUGCUGAUUUUGCUCGAUUCGAACGUGAGAUGCUUUGUAAUGAAGUGAUUAGUUGUAAGACAGAGAUCAAUAUGUUACGUGAAGAGCGAUCUCAAUUACUUCGAAGGCUAGACUUAAAUCGAGAAAACAUUAAUCAAUUAAUGACCACAGAAGAACGAACCUAUAAAACAUUAAUUGCAGAACGAGAAGCCAGUCAAGUCACGAUGGCUAGAUUCGAACAAGAAGCCAAAGAAGCUAUCGCAGCACGAGACGUAGCAUUAGGACAAGCCGCGAUGCUUCAAGCUGAUUUAGAAAGAGCAGAGAAAGCGAGGAUCGCAGCUGUUUUAUAUGCCAAAGGAGCCGAAGACCGAGCGACUACUGCAGCAUGUGCAGCAGCAGCCGCCGCCGAAGUGGCCACUAGAAGAGCUACUGCACCACCUACACCGGCUUUACCUAUCUACUGGUCGGUGGCUGAUGAUGAAGCGUUGAAAACGAAAUUACAAGAAAGAAAAUUAGCAGUUCAAGAAGAAAAGUUAUUGGCAGAAGGUAAAAGAUUAGAUGAACAAUUAGCUAAAGUGAAGGAUGAAAAAGAAAAAUUGGUUAGCAAGUUUAUCUUCAAGAAUCCUAAUUCACGUUUUACAUCUUUGAAAGACAUGAAGAAUUAA